AGCGCAGAGCUGAGCGGCGGCGCGUGCGGCCGACCCUGGGAGCCUACCGGUCUGCAGUAAGGGAAGCAGCAGGCCCUCUCCUCCAGCCCAGCUCUCAUCAUCAUGGAUCAGGGGCUCAGAGGAGAGAUCUGGUCCUGUCUCUCCUGGGGGUGGCCAAGUCCCAUUUACCCAAAGAGGAAGUGGAGGCCCAGAGAAGGACCAUGGGCUCCAUGUUCCGGGGUGAGGAGGUGGUGCUGGUCCAGUUCUUCCUGCCCACAUCUGCUGCCUAUUCCUGUGUGAGCCAGCUUGGCGAGCUGGGUCUCGCGGAGUUCAGAGACCUCAAUGCCUCGGUGAGCGCCUUCCAGAGACGCUUCGUGGGGGAUGUUCGGCGCUGCGAAGAGCUGGAGAAAACCUUCAUGUUCCUGCAGGAGGAGGUGCGGCGGGCUGGGCUGGUGCUGCCCCCACCCGAGGGGAGACUGCUGGCACCCCCGCCCCGUGACCUGCUGCGCAUCCAGGAGGAGACGGAUCGCCUGGCCCGGGAGCUCCGGGACGUGCGGGGCAACCAGCAGUCCCUGCGGGCCCAGCUCCACCAGCUGCAGCUGCACUCCGCCGUGCUGGGCCAGGGCCACCACCUCCCGUUGGCAGCCGCCCCCAUGGAUGGGCUCUUGGAAAGAAGCCCCCUGCUCCAGCCCCCAGGGGGGCCCCACCAGGACCUGAGAGUCAACCUCCUCCUUCAGGCCCAGAAUCUCCCUUGCUCGUGGGGGUUUCUCCUCUUCUGGCCCAGCCUCGGGCUCCGGCCUCCUCCCGGGGAGCAGGGCAGGUGUGCCUGCUUGACCUUCCUGAGCAUGGUGGCCCGGCCCGGCAGCUUUGUGGCAGGGGCUGUGAAGCCCACCAAGGCCGCUGCCCUGGAACGCCUGCUCUGGAGGGCCUGCCGGGGCUUCCUCAUCGCCAGCUUCAGGGAGACGGAGCAGCAGCUGGAGGACCCGGUGACGGGUGAGCCUGCCACGUGGAUGACCUUCCUCAUCUCCUACUGGGGCGAGCAGAUUGGGCAGAAGAUCCGCAAGAUCACAGACUGCUUCCAUUGCCACGUGUUCCCGUUCGUGGAGCAGGAGGAGGGCCGCCUCGGAACCCUGCAGCAGCUGCAGCAACAGAGCCUCGAGCUGCAGGAGGUCCUGGGGGAGACGGAGCGCUUCCUGAGCCAGGUGCUGGGCCGGGUGCAGCAGCUGCUGCCGCCGUGGCAGGUGCAGAUCCGCAAGAUGAAGGCGGUGUACCUGGUGCUCAACCAGUGCAGCAUGAGCGCCACGCACAAGUGCCUCAUUGCCGAGGGCUGGUGCGCCUCCAGCGACCUGCCCACCCUGCAGCAGGUGCUGCAGGACAGCUCGAGUGAGGCGGGUGUGAGCGCCGUGGUUCACCGCAUCCCCUGCCGGGAAAUGCCCCCCACACUCAUCCGUACCAACCGUUUCACGGCCGGCUUCCAAGGCAUCGUGGACGCCUACGGCGUGGGCCGCUACCAGGAGGUCAACCCCGCGCCCUACACCAUCAUCACCUUCCCCUUCCUCUUCGCCGUGAUGUUCGGCGACGUGGGCCACGGGCUGCUCAUGUUCCUCUUCGCCCUGGCCAUGGUGCUCGCGGAGAACCGGCCAGCCGUGAAGGCGGCGCAGAACGAGAUCUGGCAGACCUUCUUCAGUGGCCGCUACCUGCUGCUGCUCAUGGGGCUGUUCUCCGUCUACACCGGCUUCAUCUACAACGAGUGCUUCAGCCGCGCCACCACCAUCUUCCCCUCGGGCUGGAGCGUGGCGGCCAUGGCCACCCAGUCCGGCUGGAGCGACGCGUUCCUGGCCGAGCACCCGCUGCUCACCCUGGACCCCGCAGUCAGCGGUGUCUUCCUGGGACCCUACCCCUUCGGCAUUGACCCCGUCUGGAGCCUGGCCGUUAACCACCUGACCUUCCUCAACUCCUUCAAGAUGAAGAUGUCUAUCAUCCUUGGGGUCACCCACAUGACCUUUGGGGUGGUUCUGGGAGUCUUCAACCACGUGCACUUUGGCCAGUGGCACCGGCUGCUCCUGGAGACGCUGCCCGAGCUGAUCUUCCUGCUGGGGCUCUUUGGCUACCUCGUCUUCCUGGUCAUCUACAAGUGGUUGUGCUGCUCAGCCACCAGCGCUGCCUCAGCCCCCAGCCUCCUCAUCCACUUCAUCAACAUGUUCCUCUUCUCCCACAGCCCCACCAACCAGUCCCUCUUCCCCGGGCAGGAGGUGGUGCAGUCUGCACUGGUGGUCCUGGCCCUGGCCACCGUGCCCGUCCUGCUGCUCGGCACACCCCUGUUCCUGCGCUGGCAGCACCGCCGCUCACUGAGGCCCACUGGCCGCCAGCCGGAAGAGGACAAGUCCGGGAUUCUGGACUCCUCCGAUGCCUCCGUGGCUGGCUGGGGCUCUGAUGAGGAGAAAGUGGGGUGCCUGGGGGACAGAGAGGAGGCCGAGUUUGUGCUGUCCGAGGUGCUCAUGCACCAGGCCAUCCACACCAUCGAGUUCUGCCUGGGCUGCAUCUCCAACACAGCCUCCUACCUGCGUCUCUGGGCCCUGAGCUUGGCCCACGCCCAGCUGUCGGAGGUCCUGUGGGCCAUGGUGAUGCGCGUGGGCCUGCGCAUGGGCCAUGAGCUGGGCGUGGCGGCCGUGGUGCUGGUCCCCAUCUUUGCCGCCUUCGCCGGGUUGACCGUGGCCAUCCUGCUGGUGAUGGAGGGGCUCUCGGCCUUCCUGCACGCACUGCGGCUGCACUGGGUAGAGUUCCAGAACAAGUUCUACUUAGGCAGUGGCUACAAGCUGAGCCCCUUCACCUUCGCGGAGGAGGACUAGCGCCCACCUGUGGCCACGCCCAGGCCCCUGCCCUUACCUACGGAGACAAGAAAUAAAGAUGGACUAG